UCCCGGUUAGAGGUUCUAGAAUCGUGGCUCGUUAGGCUGGCGCUUAGGCAAAAGCUUACCCUCGUUUCUGUCAGUCACUUUCUGGGGUGGUUCGUUUCCCGUCUAGUUUUUUUGUUGAUGUUGUUUUGGUUUGUGUCUACAUUAAGUUUUGCACUUCAAGGCGGGAGUGAUGCCUCCCCAGAUUCUUAUUUACAUGAGUGAUUGCCAGACUGUGCCUGGUGAGAUUGAGAGGAAGCAAUCAGUUCUUGUUCUUUUGGAAGUUAGCGUGCUUCGUUUUGAGAUAGGAGGACUAAGCAUUGCUGUUUCUAUUUGAAAAGUUGGCAAAUUGUCGCGAAUUAUCGCCGAGGAUGAUACUGAUAGCCUCUGAGUGAGAGAAACAGCUGUGACGGAUUUAGAAAAGAAGGCUGUUGAAGAUUGAGUUUAGUGUUGGUUGCUUUAUGGUUUAAGCGUUCACUGGGAAGACAGUGACAUGGACCCUAGAGCAGGGCGUCAGGCUGUUCGCGCAGCGGAAAAGCAGAAAGUUCGAGAAGCCGUUGAGUAUCUUGAUAGAAUUUGUGCAGACGUAAAAUUCGCGUCGAACUCAGUUCCAGCGUCGGCCAUUAACCCGGAAAGUUUUACUCUUGUGUCCAAGUCUUUGCCUUCGGAGGACUCCAUCGUGGAGGGAUUGUGUUUGCUCAAUGGAAUGGAAUCCGAGUCCUUUUGCCCCGCGAGAGGCGAGGACGGUUGCCGAUGUUUUGACAGAUCGAAUUUGCGAGUCAUGGGGUUUAAGCGUGUUUGUCUUCUAAGACGAAUGAGUCAGUUAUUCCAUCCCGAGGAUCCGGAAGCGUGGCGUCUUGUACUCCAAGGCGGCACGUGUGAAGGUGCGGCUUGGUGUCCUCCACAUUGGGAGGAUGGGAGAGCGAAAGCGGCCGGCGAUUCACUCGAAAAAAUAAUUCGUCGUUGCAAAGACUGCCUGGGCCGUGACAAUAAUUGUGACCGAUGGCCGGUCGCGGGCACGGGGCCUCGGCUCGGAAUAGGGGUCAUAACUACAGCUUUCGGAGCUGCAAGUACUUAUGUUGUCGCUGUACUUGAGCCUAUUAAUGCUAUUCUUUUAGCUCGAAAUCUACAUCUUAUUCAUGUAUUGAUGUAGCAGACUUGUUCUGCUGGUAGUGCGCAUCUCCAUCGUCUUCUCUUGCUUCGUGUCGGUAUUUUCUUGUGAGUAAGAGUAUGAAAAAAUGCUGUAUCAUGAUUAAUGCUAGAGAACUUGAAGGGGUCCACCGUGAUCUAUUGCAACCAAGUCGCGACCUUCUGCGAAAGGCUGAAGUGGUACAGUAUGGAGAAGUUAGCGGAGGAAUUCAAGGCGCGGCUUGCGUGGGGGCUCUGCCGGUGCCGCAGGCAGAAGCAUCGCGUUUCAGUUUGUUCGACUAGAUACCCAGGGACGCAGGGACCUGUAAACGCACAGCGAGUGUAGAGACGCAAGCCUAGUUGUUUGCGUCUGCUGGUAACUUACUAACCGAAUUUUGCUCGUCCCUGGUCCUUGUCGUUUAAGCCAGUUUGAUUGGUUUUGGGCUUGUGUUGCGAUUGGUGCGUGUGGUAAGUCGCCAUUUGCAUGUCGAUGGGCCUGCCCUUCCACCGGACGCCGAUUUCUUGCCAGCUUCCAAUGUGGUACGUGAGCAAAGCGCGGGACCAGAACCAAUUAAGUAAUCGCCGCGCUUUGCCCGGUUUGAUUGCGAAACCGUCGGACAUUCUGCAUCUUGUUACGUCUGAGGCGAUUCAUUUGCAUAGCUUGACGGGUUCUGUGAUUGUCAUCUGCGACCGAUACAGCAUCUAACUCUGGGGUCGGGCGCAUGGCCACCAUCUGGCUCCGCUCAUGCAUUCACUUCAGACGGCUGCGCGGGUCUGGCCUUCCCACCCAGUUGCACCAUCAAGCUGGGGCGGGCGGCAUGCACAAGCGUCCUCAGCACCUCCUAGGCCCGUGCAUCUUGGAAAUUGAUAAAAAUAAAUAAUUGC